AAUCUAAAGUUAGGAAAGGUCCGACCCGAUUUGUACUUGCUAUUCCCGCGAUUCCAAUUGCGAUCAAAUCUCAUCUGUCAAUCAACACUUACACAACCUUCUUACUUUUCCUUACUUUCACUGUUCAAAUUCGCUCAAUGCGUCUUAACUAAAUUGUCUCGAAUCGAUUUAAUUGUUAUCGCUUUUUAUUUAGCGCAAGGAUAUCCCCGACAAUGCCAAUCCGUAACCCUUUCGCGAGACGUCCCGGCGUGCUCAACCUCGAGAUCAAGGAUGAGAAUGUCCGGCCCAGUGCGCUGGUCUCCCCGCAAGCCGGAUUCGAAAAGGUCGAUAUAAUUGGCUCCAAGGCGUCUUCCUCUCUGAGCAUCCGGAGCACCAAGAGUCGGGACAACGGAGAUUACAAGAUGAGCGUGGUAAACGAUAGCGGAGUCUAUCUCCCGCCUUCGCCAACGGAAGACAAGGCUCUGUGGCCGAGACGUUCGGCUGCGUCUCGAACAUCCAUGGACACCCGCAGUAGCUUUGGCGAUAUUGAACACUUCUCUAUUUCUCGCGAAUCUUUCGAUUCUUACCGCCGGUCCUUUGACAUCUCUGCUAGGUCGCCGGUCAUGGCCUACGAUCAACAACGCCAAAGUCUUGAUUCAGCCCGAUUUCCUCGAUCGCCGAGGAUCUCUGUCAGAAACCGUCCCUGGGACCCGCCGACCGCCGAAGAGGGGUUUGAGGACGUCGGACUAAACGAUGAUCAGAAGCAACAGCCGAAGAAGAGGGGAUUCUUCUCCAAGUUUUCCGAGUCGCAAGAAUCUCCAGUGCAUACACAAGGACUAGGAAUGUCUCGGUUUAUCCCCGGGCGCAAAAGAGCGCAAAGUGGUCAAGGGUCAGAAUUGGGCAACAUUGAGCGACCCAAAUCCCGGCAGUCCAUUGAAGAGCAAGAUAUGCAGUAAUGUCCCGUACGAAUGAUGAGAUCAACACAACAUGCAUAGAUUUACGGCGUUUAGGUGGUAUAGGAAGGGCAUUAUGAUAUCUGAGCGGUCGCUUGCCCCUUAUACAGUGACUUCAGGUUUAGUCGCUCGCUUCCCCUAUAC